CAUGUCCCCAAAGUUCGGAACUGGCAAUCUGGCCUGGUAAGCUGCUGUUGUGUUGUUCCCCGACCAUAUCCGCCCACAGGUUAGUUGACAACACGCUCGGGACGAGUACGUCGUGGCCAAUCAGCACCACUGGACCCGCCCUCCACCAACCUAACACGCCCAUGAUUAUACUCAUAGCUUCUGAGGCCUGAGGACAACCGGAACUUGGGUUGACACUCGCUAGCCCUGUCCCUACGUGGCCAUACCCGUCCCUCUGGACCAGUCCCUGUCUCAUUCCCAGGGGCGAGUGGGCGUGGCCCCUGUUGUCCCCCGAGCCGGUCCGUCCCUCGCGGCACGAUCCUCCCUGUUCCACCCCCGAGACAGACCAAUCUCACGUACAAGAGGUUGGCCAAGAACCGAAGCCAGGCUCAAGGGAUUGCCGGCCGUCGUCCUCCACCUGUUUUUUGGCUGUUGGAUCUGUUUCAUCUGGUUCAUCUGGUUGGAGGGGCGAGAGGCCAGCCCGCCCAGGCCCGCCCAGGCCCGUCCAAUCGCCAGUCCCAUCUCGGUUCACUCCGAACCGCAUCCUACCCGCCAUUGUGGUAGUGGUUUGGGACUCCCUCCCUAGGUCAGCAGCCCAAGCAGCCUAAGCAGCCCCAUUGCCACGGUUGAGGCUCUGAGCGUGAAGACCAGACCGGGAAGCGUCACCACUGCUGAGCGGGCGGGCAGUGAGUGAUUGGCUGAUUGCCAUUUGGGCAGGAGUCAUGCUGAUCUCCCCCGGCGACGAGUUGGUCCAAUGGAUCGGGCUGUAUCGAGAACGCCACUGGGCGCUUCACGGACACGUGGGUCCCUUCCUGGUAGCCUAUGCCCUUUGGGCUUACGCUUGGCUUUUCGGAUGGACCGGACAACUCCAGGCAGUGGCUGAACCCGACUCCGACCCCGGCUCAGUGGUUGGCCCAGCUCCUGAUUUGCCUUGGGAAGCGGCCAUGCUCAUCUUGGCCGGCCUAGGCUUAUUGCAGAUCCUGCUUUGUCUGACGUGCUAUUGGUCCGUGGAUUGUCUGACCUUUUUGACGUGUGCUCGGGUGCAGGACCCAUCCACCGCAACCGUGGCUAAAGUCGUACCCCAACCCAACAAUGGAUCCAGCGAGUUGGUGCGAUUGCGACUCAGUGCCGAGGGAUCCGCCCGGACUUGGAUGCUUUUCCAAAAGCUGAAAUACACCUGGGACGCGGACAAGCACCUAUUUCGGGGAACGGAAUUUCCCACCAACCAUUCCUACAAGUAUUAUUUGGAGAGCAAAGGCUUCGAAACGCCCGAAGCGCUGGCCACGGUCCAGGCCGACCUCGGUCGUAAUGACGUGGACAUGACCAUCCCGACCUUCAAGGAGCUGUUCGUAGAGCGCGCCACGGCGCCCUUCUUCGUGUUCCAAGUGUUUUGUGUGGGAUUGUGGUGUCUGGACGAGUACUGGUAUUAUUCGCUCUUCACCUUAUUCAUGUUGGUGGUGUUCGAGUGUACACUCGUCAAACAACAAAUUAAGAACAUGUCCGAGAUCCGAAAAAUGGGUAAUAAACCCUACCUUAUUCAAACGUACCGUAAUUCGCGAUGGCGACCCGUCAUGACCCAUGAGUUGGUGGCCGGAGAUAUCGUGUCCAUUGGUCGCUCUCUUGAAGACAACCUUGUGCCCUGCGACUUACUGCUUUUACGUGGACCCUGCAUUGUGGACGAGAGCAUGCUCACCGGGGAGUCCGUGCCUCAAAUGAAGGAGGCCUUGGAGAAUGUGGAUGGGGGUGGCCAUUUCGAGGACGAGACGGAUGGCAAACUCCACAUCUUGUAUGGUGGUACCAAAGUCGUCCAACAUACACCGCCGGCCAAAACCGUGACCGGAUUGCGAGCCCCCGACAACGGUUGUGUGGCUUAUGUGUUGCGCACGGGAUUCAACACUUCGCAAGGCAAACUCUUACGAACAAUCUUAUUCGGUGUUCGACGGGUGACUGCCAAUAACAUUGAGACCUUCUUCUUUAUCGUGUUCUUGCUCAUGUUCGCCAUUGCUGCGUCCUCGUACGUGUGGAUUAAGGGCACCGAGGAUCCGAAUCGAAAUCGGUACAAGCUCUUUUUGGAAUGCACCCUCAUUUUAACUAGCGUCGUUCCCCCCGAGCUGCCGAUAGAGCUGUCUUUGGCCGUGAACACCUCGCUCAUCUCAUUGGCCAAAUUGCGAGUGUUUUGCACGGAACCGUUCCGUAUUCCAUUCGCUGGCAAGGUGGAGGUGUGUUGCUUUGACAAGACUGGAACCCUCACGAGUGAUAACCUAGUGGUUGAAGGCGUGGCCGGUUGCAACGGAUCCUCGGAAGUUCAGCCCAUUGAUGCAGCCCCCAUCGAGAGUGUUCAAGUCCUGGCUACGUGUCACUCUUUGGUCCAAUUAGACGACGGUUUGGUGGGUGAUCCUCUCGAAAAAGCCACUCUGACGGCCAUUGAUUGGAAUUUGACUAAAGGCGAAGCCGUAGUUCCUAAACGCGGGCGAUUUCCGGGCUUGAAAAUCUUUCAUCGCCACCACUUCUCGUCGGCUUUGAAACGAAUGUCCGUGAUCUGUGGCUACACGCCCACGGGCAGCUCGGAAACACUGUAUCUGGCUACGGUUAAGGGAGCUCCUGAGACCUUAAGAGAGAUGUUUGCGUCAAUCCCUCCUGAUUACGACGAGACGUACAUCUCUCUGUCGCGAAGAGGGGCCCGCGUUUUGGCUCUGGGAAUCAAGGAAUUGGGCUCCUUGAGUCACCAACAAGUCCGGGAAAUGUCUCGAGAUCAACUGGAGAUUGGUCUUCGUUUUGCCGGGUUUGUGAUCAUUUCUUGUCCCUUGAAGAAAGACUCCAAGGCUGUCAUCAAAGAGAUCCUCAAUGCCUCCCAUCACGUCACAAUGAUCACCGGGGACAAUCCUCUGACGGCGUGCCACGUGGCAAGAGAACUUCGCUUCAUGAAAACCAAAUCGACCCUGAUCUUGACCCCCACAAAUGGUGGCUCUGUUUGGGUUUGGCAGAGUGUCGAUCAAACCAAAGAGCUUCCAGUUUUGAUCCUGGGCAAGCUGAAUCGGCGGAAUGAAGCUUGGGUCAGCUUGACCAAUAACCACGAUCUUUGCGUCACGGGCGAAGGAUUGUCGUUCCUCCAAACGGAGACCAAGCUCCUGAAUGCCCUUUUGCCGCACGUGAAAGUGUUUGCUCGAGUGGCUCCGAAACAAAAAGAGUUUGUGAUUACUACCUUGAGAAGCUUAGGAUACGUAACUCUCAUGUGUGGAGACGGAACCAAUGACGUUGGAGCACUAAAACACGCCAAUGUUGGGGUCGCAAUAUUGUCGAACAUUCCCGACAAACCUGAGGGUCACAAUAAGCCCAAAAAGAAAGAAGAGGACAGUCCAAACUCGGCUGAGCGGAAACUAGAGAAACUCACCAAGUCGGGUAAGAUAGCUCGAAGGCCUACGGAAACUACGAGAGAGCAAAAGAUCAUGAAGCAGCAAGCCCAGCUUCAAAAGAUGCUGAAGGAAAUGGAGGAAGCAGAUCAGGCGCAAAUCGUCAAAUUGGGCGAUGCGUCCAUCGCAGCUCCGUUCACCGCCAAAUUAUCUUCGAUAUCGGCCAUCAACCACAUCAUCAAGCAAGGCCGAUGCACCCUAGUGACGACGCUUCAAAUGUUCAAGAUCUUGGCCUUAAAUGCCCUGAUUUUGGCCUAUUCCCAGUCUGUGCUCUAUCUGGAAGGCGUCAAGUUCUCGGAUGGGCAAGCAACUCUUCAGGGCAUGUUGUUGGCCUCGUGCUUUCUGUUCAUUUCUCGGUCUAAGCCCUUGAAGACGUUAUCCAAGCAGAGACCUCUGCCCAACAUUUUCAACCUGUACACAAUUAGCACGGUUCUAUUGCAAUUUGCUGUUCACUUUGGAUGCCUUGUGUUCCUCGUUCAAGAAGCUUAUCGUCGAGAGCCCAAGAAAGAAGAAUUCCCGGAUUUGGAAAAGGACUUUGAGCCCACGUUAUUAAACAGUACUGUGUACAUGAUAUCAAUGACGCUUCAAUUGGCAACAUUUGCCAUUAACUAUCGAGGUCACCCUUACAUGGAGUCUUUGCGAGAGAACCGUGCUUUACUCUACAGUUUGAGUGGAACGGCAAGCUUCAUCGCCAUAUUAGCCUUGGGUUGGAUCCCGGAGCUCACCGAACAAUUCGCUAUUAUAGACUUUCCAGAUGAGUUCCGCAAUUUGCUCAUCGGUGUCCUCUGUCUCGACGUGAUCUUGUCUCUGGCUGUGGACCGCACUUGUUUGUUCCUCUUCGGAGAGGGAAAGCUAACCCGAAUGGAAUAAAGACUCCGUUUGUGAUGACGGUCCAAUUUGGUGUGAACCAUUGGCUUCAUGGAGAAUUAAUGUUUGUUAUUAUUUUACUUAUUAAUUGUUACGUAUUCACUCAUUUGGUGGCUAAUGAAAACGCAAAAUGAAUUCAUCACUUUAGUCGA